AGAGUUGCCAGUAACGGACAUGGCUGCAGCCCCUGGAGGAGGGGACGUGAACUGAGGAGGGGGCUGGGAGGGGAGAGGACGCGGGAGAGGAAGACAAGCCCCGGGGCCCCGAUGCUGUGACUGUGGCAGAGCCACUGGGGUUUGUACAUGUUGGGGAGGAGCCUUCCUUUUGGGGGUGACCACGUUCCUCUGGGCAUGCCUGCAGUUCUCUGGGCUCAUGGACCUGAAGGAGAAGCAUGCGGGCGAGCCACCCUUGGCCCUGGGCCUGUCCACCCGGAAGGCCCUCAGCAUCCUGAAGGAGCAGCUGGAGGCAGUGCUGGAAGGACACUUGAAAGAGCGGAAGAAAUGUCUCAUGUGGAAGGAGCUGUGGAGGACCAGCUUCCUGCACCACAGUAACCGCUGCUCCUGUUUCCACUGGCCGGGAGCCUCACUCAUGCUGCUAGCUGUUCUGCUGCUGCUGAGCUGCUAUGGGAGCCAGCCAGCUGGCAGCCACGGGGUGGAGCUGGUGAAUGCCGCGGCGCUGUUCCUCUUGCUGCUUCUCAACCUCGUCCUCAUUGGACGGCAAGAUCGGCUGAAGCGUCGGGAGGUAGAGCGGAGGCUCCGAGGGAUCAUUGACCAAAUCCAAGAUGCCCUCAGGGAUGGCAAGGAGAUCAAGUGGCCAGAUGCCAUGUACCCAGACCUCCACAUGCCCUUUGCACCUUCCUGGUCUCUGCACUGGGCCUACAGAGAUGGACAUCUGGUCAACCUGCCAGUUAGCCUGUUGGUAGAAGGAGACAUCAUAGCUCUGAGGCCUGGCCAGGAAUCAUUCGCCUCUCUGAGGGGGAUCAAGGAUGAUGAGCACAUUGUCUUGGAGCCAGGAGACCUGUUUCCCCCUUUUUCUCCACCCCCCUCCCCCCGAGGAGAAGUGAAGAAAGGGCCGCAGAACCCCCAGCAGCACCGGCUCUUCCGCGUCCUUGAGACCCCUGUGAUUGACAACAUCAGAUGGUGCCUGGACAUGGCCCUGUCCCGCCCAGUCACUGCACUGGACAAUGAGAGGUUCUCUGUACAGUCAGUGAUGCUGCACUACGCCGUGCCCGUGGUCCUGGCCAGCUUCCUCAUCACCAAUGCCCUACGCUUCAUGCUGAACGCCCCCGGCAUCACGUCCUGGCAGUACACCCUCCUCCAGCUACAGGUGAAUGGAGUCCUGCCCAUCCUCCCCCUGCUCUUUCCAGUCCUCUGGGUUCUGGCAACUGCCUGUGGAGAAGCCCGUGUCCUGGCCCAGAUGAGCAAGGCCUCCCCCAGCUCCCUGCUGGCCAAGUUCUCGGAGGAUACCCUCAGCAGCUAUACAGAAGCCGUCUCCACUCAGGAAAUGCUACGCUGCAUUUGGGGCCACUUCCUGAGGGUGAUCCAGGGGACGUCGCCCACACUGAGCCACAGCUCCAGCCUGCUGCACAGCUUGGGCUCCGUCACGGUCCUGUGCUGUGUGGACAAACAGGGGAUCCUGUCCUGGCCAAACCCCAGCCCAGAGACAGUGCUGUUCUUCAGCGGGAAGGUGGAGCCCCCACACAGCAGCCACGAGGACCUAACGGAUGACCUGUCCACCCGCUCCUUCUGCCAUCCCGAGGUAGAGGAGGAGCCCCAUGAACGAGACGCCCUCCUGGCUGGCUCCCUGAACACUACCCUGCACCUUUCCAAUGAGCAGGAGCGUGGCGACUGGCCUGGCGAUGGUCCCAAGCCCCCUGAGUCCUACUCCCACCACAAAGCACACGGCCGCAGCAAGCACCUGUCCGGCUCCAACGUGAGCUUCAGCAGGGACACGGAGGGCGGUGAAGAAGAGACUGGCAAGACCCAGCCUGGGCUGGAGGGCGAGCCCUACGAAGCGGAGGACUUUGUGUGUGACUACCACUUGGAGAUGCUGAGCCUGUCUCAGGACCAGCAGAACCCCUCCUGCAUCCAGUUCGAUGACUCCAACUGGCAGCUCCACCUCACCUCCCUCAAGCCCCUGGGCCUCAAUGUGCUGCUGAACUUGUGCAACGCCAGUGUCACCGAGCGGCUGUGCCGCUUCUCGGACCACCUGUGCAACAUCGCCCUGCAGGAGAGCCACAGCGCCGUGCUGCCCGUGCACGUGCCCUGGGGCCUCUGUGAGCUCGCCCGCCUCAUUGGCUUCACUCCUGGGGCCAAGGAGCUCUUCAAGCAGGAGAACCACUUGGCGCUCUACCGCCUCCCCAGUGCUGAGACGGUGAAGGAGACCUCGCUGGGGAGGCUCUCCUGUGUCACCAAGCGACGCCCCCCGCUCAGCCACAUGAUCAGCCUCUUCAUCAAGGACACCACCACCAGCACAGAACAGAUGCUGUCCCAUGGCACGGCCGACGUGGUCUUGGAGGCCUGCACAGACUUCUGGGAUGGAGCUGACAUCUACCCUCUUUCGGGUUCUGACAGGAAGAAAGUGCUGGAUUUCUACCAGCGAGCCUGCCUGUCUGGUUACUGCUCCGCCUUCGCUUACAAGCCCAUGAGCUGUGCCCUGUCCUCUCAGCUCAAUGGCAAGUGCAUCGAGCUGGUGCAGGCGCCUGGCCAGAGCAGCAUCUUCACCAUGUGUGAGCUGCCCAGCACUGUCCCCAUCAAGCUGAGCACGCGGCGCAACAGCUGGAGCUCUGACGAAGGGAUCGGGGAGGUUCUGGAGAAGGAAGACUGCAUGCAGGCCCUGAGCGGCCAGAUCUUCAUGGGCAUGGUGUCCUCCCAGUACCAGGCCCGGCUGGACAUCGUGCGUCUCAUCGACGGGCUGGUCAAUGCCUGCAUCCGCUUCGUCUACUUCUCUUUGGAAGAUGAGCUCAAAAGCAAGGUGUUUGCAGAAAAGAUGGGCCUGGAGACAGGCUGGAACUGCCACAUCUCCCUCACGCCCAAUGGUGACAUGCCUGGCUCUGAGAUCCCCCCAUCCAGCCCCAGCCAUGCCGGCUCCCUGCAUGAUGACCUGAAUCAGGUGUCCCGAGAUGAUGCUGAAGGGCUCCUCCUGAUGGAGGAGGAGGGUCACUCGGACCUCAUUAGCUUCCAGCCUACGGACAGCGACCUCCCCAGCUUCCUGGAGGACUGCAACCGGGCCAAGCUGCCCCGGGGCAUCCACCAGGUGCGGCCCCACCUGCAGAAUAUUGACAAUGUGCCCUUGCUUGUGCCUCUCUUCACCGACUGUACCCCCGAGACCAUGUGCGAGAUGAUCAAGAUCAUGCAGGAAUACGGGGAGGUGACCUGCUGCCUGGGUAGCUCUGCCAACCUGCGGAACAGCUGCCUUUUCCUUCAGAGUGACAUCAGCAUUGCCCUGGACCCCCUGUACCCGUCCCGCUGCUCCUGGGAGACCUUUGGCUACGCCACAAGCACCAGCAUGGCCCAGGCGUCAGAUGGCCUUUCUCCCCUGUGCCUCUCGGGGCAGCUCAACAGCCUGCCCUGCUCUCUGACCUUUCGCCAGGAGGAGACCAUCAGCAUCAUCCGGCUCAUCGAGCAGGCUCGGCACGCCACCUACGGCAUUCGCAAGUGCUUCCUCUUCCUGCUGCAGUGCCAGUUGACUCUUGUGGUCAUCCAGUUCCUUGCUUGCCUAGUCCAGCUGCCGCCACUCCUGAGUACUACCGACAUCCUGUGGCUGUCCUGCUUUUCCUACCCUCUGCUCAGCAUCUCUCUGCUGGGGAAGCCCCCGCAUAGCUCCAUCAUGUCUAUGGCAACAGGGAAAAACCUUCAGUCCAUUCCUAAGAAGACCCAGCACUACUUCCUGCUCUGCUUCUUGCUCAAGUUCAGCCUCACCAUCAGCUCGUGCCUUAUCUGCUUUGGCUUCACACUACAGAGCUUCUGCGACAGCUCCCGGGCCCGUAACCUCACCAACUGCUCCUCCAUCAUGCUGCCCAGCCGUGCCAACACAGCUCCAUCCUGGUUUGAUGACUUUGCCAACGGGCUGCUGCCAGCUCAGAAGCUCGCCGCCGCCCUGACUGUCCUGCACACUGUCUUCAUUUCUAUCACCCAUGUACAUCGCACCAAGCCCCUGUGGAGAAAGAGCCCCUUGACGAACCUCUGGUGGGCUGUGACGGUGCCCGUGGUGCUGCUGGGGCAGGUGGUCCAGACGGCAGUGGACCUGCAGCUGUGGACGCACAGGGACAGCCACGUCCACUUUGGCCUGGAGGAUGUGCCUCUGCUGACAUGGCUCUUAGGCUGCCUCUCCCUGGUCCUUGUGGUGGUCACCAAUGAGAUUGUAAAACUGCAUGAAAUUCGAGUCCGGGUCCGCUACCAGAAGCGACAGAAGCUGCAGUUUGAAACUAAGCUGGGCAUGAAUUCUCCCUUCUGAGCCAUUGGCCACGGUGGCCAUAGUUGCCCUGGUCCUUGGGGCUAAAGCCAGACCCGUUUCUGUGUCUGGGGAGUUGGUAUCAUGAAUGUUUCAGGGUUUGCUCUUGCCCCGCCUGGCACUGGAGGCCCAGCUUUCAGUGUCAGACCCAGCUGUUGUCCUGACCCCCGGGGCGUACUGUGGAGGAGCUGACGAGCCGUGGCCUCAGCACCACAGCAUCAGGAUGUCCUGGUCUUGAAUGUGUGCUUAGUAGAGGGGCCCUUAGUCCCCUCCACCUGUGGGCUGCCGCUGUUCACCAUCCCCUAACCCAGCGCUCUCUGCUCUGGGGUCUCCGUCCAAAACCAUAAACCAUGGGGCCAGAGCCUCAACCUUUUUUGGAAGAGCAGUGGCAGCAGCCAUGCGAGGCCUGGACAACUCUCAAGGCCACUGUUGAAGACAGCGGUGGUGGCGCAUCCUCCCUGCGCCCCCUCAUCCUGUCUUCCUGGGGCAGGGGCCUGGAUGUGGCUGAGUACUUCCCCUCCCUCUGUCUGCGGGGGAGCCUCAUGCUGGAACCUGAAGAUGGAGAAGAGCCCCCGCCUCGCCCAAGAACCUCUUCCUGUGCCUGCUCUCAAGCUGGGGGUGAGAACCAGUCUUGGGGAUAUGGCCUAGGUCUCCUAGCCCCCUGCCCUAGUUCUCCUGUGAGAAUGUUUUUACUGGUAUAUAUUUUUUACUGGAAAUGAGCCUUUUAGGGAUGAAUGUAGACUGGUUUGUAUUAAAACUUGUAAAUUGCUUAAGAAAAACCUGUGGCUGGUUUCGGCCAGUGAGGGGCCCAAAGGCGAGGAGGGGAGGGCCCAAGCCGCCUUCUUUCCACAUUGGCGGGAGUCCUCACGUCCCACUUGAGACCCCUGGGCUCAGAGGUCCAUGGCACAGAUCCAAACACACAGCCUGAUCAUGUGGAAUGACACUUUCAUUGGUGUUAGUUGGGGGAAGAGGUUAAUGGUUACAGAGCCGGGGCCUGGGCCAACCAGGUCAGGCUUCCAGCCCCAAGGCAGGUGGUGGGCGCUCUUGCUGUGGUCCGAAGCCCCUCCCCCACUGCGUCCUUUCACUUAUAGAUAGAAUAAAUUCCAUUUAAAAUA